CAUCCAUCCUACACACUUUAGUUUUGAUUGUUUCUUGUUUUUUUAUUAUUGUCUCCAUCGUUGGACUUCCAAUCUUAUAUUUAGCAAUCUAGAUUUGUUUCCUUUGGUGAUUAGAAUGGAAUCUGUUUGUACAUGUUUAGGAAUAACACGAAAAAAAUUGCGGAGACUGCUCUCCAACUUGUAAGCUGUUAAAUAUGUUGCACACGGAACUGCCGAAAUUAAAUUGUUAACUUGAGCACGUAUUCAAACUGGUGAAUUUGGACAAUUGCAAAAUUAAGAGGUAAUCAUCCACGUUUUUUAUAGCAGUGGCAACAUUGUCUCCAGAACAAUAGCAAACGUUUCGGUUAGAAAAGAACUCAUUUCCUAAAAGGAAGCUAAAGGAGGCAAAUUUCAUCGGCUGGGAAGUCCAAUGCGGUCUCCCCGACGCCUUGUGAAAAUUAGAUAGUCUCUCCUGUCGUUACGAGUGACUUUCGAUUCUGUUAUUCGGUCAAUCGGUCACGUCACGUGAUUUGUUUCGCAAACCGACUGAGCAGGAACAGAUCGAUUGGGUACUUGCUGAUUGGGCCUUAAAUUUUCAGCGAACAAAAGAGCGAACGGCGAAGCAAAUAUACGAUCCAAAGACCGAAGGAAAGGCCAAACAAUCUAACGAUGGAAAGAACGAUCGAACAAUGGCGAGCAAGUGAACUAACAAGCGAGCUGAGCCAGCAAGCGAGCGAACCAGGAGCCAAACCAACAACCAGUCAACCAACAAAAAAAUAUUUUAAUUUAAACCCCACUCCAAAUAUUAGAGGUUUUUGUACUCAGUCCGAAUGGCACACAUUUCCCUUGCAAGCUGUCAUUACUAAUAGCAUGGUGUGCGUCACAACAGCAUUUAUUUUAAAAACCAAACAUCUCUAUAUUGCAUACUUGAUUACGCUUUGAUGUACAAUUUCAAACUGCAGUAUUCGGGUUGUAAUUUUUUUCGUUUGAUUACUAUUUUACCUCAAUUUUAAAUAAUGUAAACAAGCCACCCAAGAACAAUAAGUAAGGCUUGCGGGGUAGAAAAGUAAUUUCCGUUCAGCCUGAGAUUAAUUAUAAUUAAAAGCAUAUUAAAUUCGAAGGUGCCUUUAUAUACAUAUUAACAUUUUUGCACUCCUGAAUUUUUAGUUGCUUUUUGAAACUAGAAAAAAAAGACGCACUAGUUAGGACUCAUUUCACGCGAAUCGAUAUCUCACCUUAUCGCUGAUCACUCUCUAUGCCAACAAGUCGUAUCACAAUUAACAGCUACUACUCUGCAACAUUACCAAAACAGCUGGAUGUUUAGCGAUAAAAACCAUUAAAAACCCAACGUUGGAACAUUUGAUUUCUCGCGGUAAUUGCAUUUCUUGUGUCAGCUAUCUAUUUGGACCAUCGAAUUAACACCGGCUCUGAGUGAUGUUUUACUUAGAGCAAGAACGCUUCGAUAGAAAGAAAAGUACAUUUUCAUUGCCACGUGCUAAGGCAAAUACCAACGUAAAACAGUGUUGCACAGAGCAAGUCAUCGAUAACUGAAGGUGAACUGAAACCUCUUAUACCUCAAGGAUGCAGAAUUACAAGCCUUUCUUUAUUUACUGGCUUGCUUUGUACGCUUUGGUACAGGCGCCAUAUAGGGAGGGAGAUGUUAUUUUAGGUGGAGAAGUACCUGUCCAUUUGCCGGGAACAUCUGAGGGCGAAUGCAGCGAGCUUUUCACGUCAGGCUUAGCUCGCACGCUGGCCAUAAUAUACGCCAUUGAAAAGAUCAACAAUGACUCAACACUCCUUCCAAACAUAACACUCGGUUACGAUAUACGAGAUUAUUGCGAAAGUUUGCCGAGGGCAACUCAAAUCACUUUCGACUUUGUUCAAAACAACUGUAACACAAACGUAACAAAGAGUGACAUGAAGAAGAAGAAAUCUAUCGUGGCUGUCAUUGGCCCGACAGAAUCUCGCACGGCAAUUGUUGUUGCUGGGAUUCUUCAAACAUUGAAUGCUUCGGGGGUAAGUCCGUCAGCGACGAGUGCUGAACUUCGUUCACAUGAUUAUAAACAUUUGUUUCGAAUGGCCCCUUCAGAUAGUUUUCGCGCAAAAGCUAUGGCCGACCUUGUAGAGCAUUUCAAUUGGACUUAUGUAGCUGCUGUGGGACAAGAUGAUUCGUUUGGACGAAGUGGAUUGUGGUCAAUAGUGAAGGAAGCUGCAGUCAGAAACAACUCCUUUUGUGUGGCUUUCACGGAAUUUAUUCCAGGUGAAAGUCAGCUCUCGAGUAUUAGGAAUAUUGUCACAAAACUUGGACGGCACGAAAAUAUCAGAGUUGUCAUUUUGUGGCUAUACGGCAGCUAUGAAAAGUACUUUUUGAGUGAAGUGAUCAGGCAAAACCUCACUGAACGCGUCUGGAUCCUAAGCGACGCAUUCACGUCGUUGGCACAGCCAGGCACUUCAACCCUUGUUGGAUCCAUUGGAAUCCAACCGCACAAUUUCUAUGACACGCGAUUUGAAGGACACAGAAAAGGCUUAACUAUGACGGCACUUCAGCAAUACUUUCCGGAAUGGUGGGGUGAAAUUAGAUCGCAGAUAAAAAAUUGCUCAUCAAGUAAGGGAGAUGAAAUGAAAAUGGAUCCCUGCCUCCGUGAUUUCGUCCAAAACUUGCGCAUAUCUUAUACCCCGUACGUUAUUGACGCUGUAUAUUCUGUGGCCCAUGCUUUGGCCAUCUUGGCUCAAGAUUUCAACAUAACAACAGGUGACGAUUACCUGAUGAAACUUGGCAGUGAUGUUAACGUCAUGCAGAGACUUCUUUCUAGGGUUAACUUUGUUGGACUUACCGGAAAUAUAACUUUCAAUGAGCUUGGCGGUAGAGGAACUGCUUUUUAUGAUAUUGUCAAUAUCCAGCAAGUGCAAGAAGCAAAUACAAAGCGAUUAAAAGAAGUUGUAGUCGGAAAAUGGGAAGAAAGUGCGGAGCAAGACAAGCGGUUACAGUUUUCCGAGAAAAUUCGCUGGAACACUCUAACUGGUGGACCUCCGAAAUCUGAAUGCGUUGACAAAUGCUUGGCUGGAACCAGAAAAUCCAUAACUUCGCCUUGUUGUUGGCAGUGUGUGUCGUGUCCUCGAGGCACAAUUAACCCGAUUCCUGGUUCGGAAAGCUGCACUGAAUGCCCAGCUGGGAAGCAAUCCAAUGUGGCUCGGACAGAGUGCUCAGAUUUACCGGUGGCCAACUUGAAGUUUUCCAGUCCAGGAGGAAUAGUCAUUCUUGUGUUUACUGCCCUUGGUAUAAUCGUCACCCUUUUAUCAUUCGCUGUCACUUGUAAAUUCUGGAAUACUCCCAUUGUCAAAGCGUCCAAUAGAGAGUUUAGCCUUGUCCUUCUGAUGAGCAUUCUAUUGCUUUUAAUUUUGGUACUUAUCAAUCUUUUUGAACCCACAGAUACAAUUUGUAAGAUCAUUUACCCAUGGCGCUACAUAACCUACAGCUUGUGUCUGUCAUUUCUGCUGGUCAAAAUCAUGCGCAUUUCCAGCGCUUUUCAAGUUCCCUUGACGCAGUGUUUUGUGAUACAUUCUCUUACCAACAGAAUGCAAGGGGUGAUAAUCAUAACUAUGCACAUUCUGCUUCUCUUUGUGUUACUAUCCUGGCUCUCGUAUUGA